CUUUUUUCUCAACAGAGCUCUGCAGAAUCUGCUUUGUUUGAUAUUUGAAUAUGGCUGGAAGGGGAAAAUCUCUUGGUUCUGGAGCGGCGAAGAAGGCUACAUCUCGAAGCAGUAAGGCCGGACUUCAAUUCCCCGUCGGUAGAAUAGCUAGGUUUCUGAAAGCCGGCAAGUAUGCGGAGCGAGUUGGUGCCGGUGCUCCUGUGUAUCUUGCCGCUGUUCUUGAAUACCUUGCAGCAGAGGUAUUGGAGUUGGCAGGAAACGCUGCUAGGGAUAACAAGAAGACUAGGAUUGUUCCGAGGCAUAUUCAGUUGGCGGUAAGGAACGAUGAAGAGUUGAGCAAGUUGCUUGGUGCUGUCACAAUCGCCAAUGGUGGUGUGAUGCCUAACAUUCACAAUCUCUUGUUACCGAAGAAGACUGGUACCGGUUCGUCAAAAUCUGUUGCUGCUGACGAUGACAGUUAAAUAAUCUAUGUUGAUUUGCGAUAGAAGAUCAAAAAGGAUAAUUGAAGUCAGAAGAAUGGAAACAGGAAGGAAGGGAGGAAGUAGUUGCUGUUAGAUUUUAAUUCUUUGCUAUCUUCUAACCCUUUUUAAUGAUAGAAUCUUGCUGUGUAGUGGGUUUUCUUUAUAUAAAUUCUAGGGUCUCUUUAGGAAGAGAAGAUUUUUCUGUUUUAGGGUUGUCUUUUUUUCUGAGUUCACCAUUGUAGGUGAGUUCAGAUGGAUGUAAUAUCUUUGUGAAUUUAGAAAGAAUUUGGAUCCUUUUCUA